GAGAAAGAGAGAGAGAGAGAAAAAGAGAGAAAGAGAAAGAGAUAGAAAGAAAGAGAUAGAAAGAGAGACACCCGGUAUAUAAAAGUUGGCCGACCGUCUGGCGAGCCCCAGUGCACAAAUGGGAUAGGUAACUGAUUCUCUGAUCUAGUGGUGUAAGAUCCCUCCUGGAGAGAACGUGGCAAGCUUCUGCUACGUCGACGACGAUGACCACGUCUACGACGACUACGACGACGAGGACGACGACUAUAAAGAAAAUGACUAUGACUAUUACGACUAUGACUAUGACUAUUACGACGACGAUGUCUCUCUGAAUUUGUUCAGAAUUUAAGAGAUAGAUAGAUAGAUAGAUAGAUAGAGAUAAAAAGAGAGAAAGAGAAAGAGAAAGAGAGAAAGAGAGAAAAAUAGAAAAGAAGACCAAACGAAUCUUAUCCUCGUCAUCAUUUAUUUCCGAAAGGGAGAGAGAAAAUCAUUAAUAUCUGAUAUAAGAAGAUAAAGGAAUACCUACUUCUAAGGAUUUCGAAAAGGACAACGAUUGAUAAAUUGUUUAUCAAUAAGAGAUACAAAUGCCUAAGAAAAUGUUAUUGCUGUUCGUAUUCUUAAUCGGUAGCGUUAAAUCGGGUGAAUUUGAGGUUGAAUUUGAAUUACCCGAAGUACCAAAUGAAUCCGCAGCUUUACCAAAGGAGGAUAUUCAACCGAUACCACUUCCUGGUCAACUUUAUCCACGAGAAAGCGAAUCACGUGAGGUGAAAUCGCUUGAUGGUUUAUGGGAUUUUAUUGCCUCACCUUCUGAUGACGUCUUGAAAGGCUACAGAGAAUUCUGGUACAUUGAUUCACUGUCAAAGGCUGGUGAAUUGAUUAAAAUGCCAGUACCGUCUUCCUAUAACGACAUAACAACAUCCAAAGAACUUAGGGAUCACGUUGGUGCUGUCUGGUACGAACGUACGUUCUUCAUACCCUGGUCCUGGCAAACUCAAAGAAUUUUUCUCAGAUUUGGUUCUGUUAAUUAUCUCGCACAAGUUUGGAUCAACAAUGAAUUGGUUAUGGAACACGAGAUUGGAAAUCUUCCGUUUGAGGCAGAAAUAACGAAAUACUUGUUCUUCGGUUUAAAAAAUCGUAUAACCGUUGCGGUUGACAAUACCUUGCUUCAGACCAGUGUACCACAAGGAAAGAUAUACGACAUUAUUACCGAUAACGGAACGAAACACUUUCAAAGUUAUUCUUUUGAUUUUUUCAAUUAUGCUGGUAUACACAGAUCCGUACUGUUGUACACUACACCGCGGGUAUACAUUGAGGAUAUAACUGUAAGAACCGGAGUGGUAGAUGACAUGGGUAUAAUAAAAUAUACAAUACAAGCGGCAGGUUUAAACCAAGGUGAAAUACCAAUCUGUACUGUGACCUUGCAUGAUACUGAAGAAAACUUGGUAAUAAAGGAGACAGACAAUACAUACUUAUCUGGUACUCUUAAAGUACCUAAAGCUAAACUUUGGUGGCCCCGAGGCAUGAAUUCUACGCCUGGUUAUCUUUAUACUCUCGAGGUCAGAUUAUCAAUACAAAAUGAUACCAGUUCAGACGUUUACAGAUUACCUAUUGGAAUUAGAACCGUGUCAUGGACGAAUACGAGUUUAUUAGUGAAUGGUAAACCCAUUUAUAUGAGAGGUUUCGGUAGACACGAAGAUGCAAUUAUACGAGGCCGGGGUUUCGACCUUGUUACUAUGAUCAGGGACUAUGAACUUUUACAAUGGGUUGGUGCUAAUUCUUAUAGGACUAGUCAUUAUCCUUACAGCGAUGAAGUCCUUGAUAUGGCUGAUAGGCUUGGUUUCAUGAUCAUCGACGAGUGUCCUUCAGUCGACACAGAAAACUUCACACCUAUUUUACUUUUACGUCACAAAACAUCCUUGUCGGAACUUGUUCGAAGGGAUAAAAAUCAUCCUUCUGUUAUCAUGUGGUCUCUUGCUAAUGAACCAAGAACACAAUUACAAGGUGCCGAUGAAUAUUUCAAACAAAUUGCUGAUCAUACUAAAGCUCUUGAUCCUACUAGACCUGUUACCAUAGCACUUGCAAGAAGCGUUCAGGAGGACAAAGUUGGACAAUAUUUGGACGUGAUUAGUUUUAAUCGUUACAAUUCAUGGUAUGUAAAUUCUGGUAGAUUGGAUAUGAUCAUUGAUCGUGUAUUUACAGAGGCCGAAGCUUGGCACAGGAAAUAUGAUAAACCUGUGCUUAUGUCCGAAUAUGGCGCAGACACUUUGCCUGGUCAACACGAGUUACCUAGCUAUAUAUGGAGCGAAGAAUACCAAACCGAAAUGUUUUCUAAACAUUUUGAAGCGUUCGAUCGUUUAAGAUAUGAAGGUUUCUUCAUUGGUGAAUUUAUUUGGAACUUUGCGGACUUUCGAACAGCUCAAACUUAUUACAGAGUAGGUGGAAAUAAAAAAGGUAUUUUUACAAGAGACAGACAACCAAAAAUGGUAGCUCAUCACGUUAGAAAGAGGUAUUACGCGUUAGAAAUGGAAAUAGAUGGAACGCAAUUACCACAAAAUCUUGAGAGUUACGUUUCUAAUUUUUACUCUCAACAUAUAGAAUUGUAAAUGUAAUUUAACCUUCCUUUUUUUUCUUUUCAUUUCUUUGUUUUCUUUUUUCUUUUUUUUUUUUUUUGGAAAGUCUAUUCGCUUAACAUUUACAUCUUUUACUACUUCUUUAUCUUUCAAUUCUUUCGGAUAUGUCUGCACAGAUAUAUAUUUACCACAUAAAAUUGAAUUAUUUAUUUCAAUGCAAGACAUAUUCCAACAAAAAGUACUUGUUAAUAUCUGUUUAUUUUAUAACGGAUCAAUUACGUAUAUUUUUAAGAAUUGUAGCUUUCAUAAAUGUCACCACUUUAUCUAUCUAAUUACUUAAUCAUUAAAUAAUUAUUAUCUAACAAUCACCUUGCUAAACUGCUGCUGCUACGUUUCCUAUGUUUUUAUAAAAAAAAAAAAAAA